CCCAGGUGUAUCUGGGUGUGGAUGUUUUUACACACAGAUGGGUGGAGGAAGUCGGGUGUGGAUUCAGUAAAAACACACGGUGCACACUGUUAUAUACUGUACUGUGGUAAAACAGAUCAGAUUGCAUUGCGAAAUUGUUCAUAAUGGACUUUGAUCUGGGCGCAGCUGUUGGAGGUGAAGGAGAGCUGAAAAAGGCGGAGGGGAACGAGGUGGAGGGCAUCUUUGGUUUUGGAAAGAAAGACAAAGAAAAAGAAGAUAAAGAUAAAGAGAGCAAAGACAAAGAGUGCAAAGACAAGGGUGAUUGCAAAGAUAAAGAAGACAAAGAGAAGUGUAAAGACAAGGAGAAGUGUAAAGACAAAGACAAGUGCAAAGACAAGAAGAAAGACAAAGAACACAAAAAGGGUCAUGGGCAUGGGCAUGGGCAUGGUCACGGGCAUGGACACGGACAUGGGCAUGGACACGGGCGUGGUCGGGGACGUAGAUCUUCAUCUUCAUCCAGUGAUGGGGAUUAAAUCAAGACUGAACUCAUCUCACGUGGGGAAGUUACUCUCUAACUAGGAUUUAAUUAAGCCUUUAUAUAAAAUACAGAUAUGUUGAGGAAGUGUGUACAUCAUAUGUUUAAAAUUUUAAACAGGUCGGGUCAGUAGGUUUCCAUUUUGACAACUUACCUCGUGCACUGCUAUGGGUCAAUGUCUCACACAUGUCACUGUGUGUUAAAACCGUGAAUGUGAAAUGUUCAGUACAUGUACGCUUUUUUUAACUUUGUGUUUGUACAGAAACUGACUUUUAAAUCUAUUCUGAGAAGCAUUAUACCUGGAAUAAAAAGUGUGACAACUA